AUGUGUGCCUGUGCCUGUGCCUGUGCCGGUGCCGGAGCGGACGACCCCUCUGACCCUAAACGCUCACGACCAAAUGCGUACAAUUCUGGUGCCACCCGCCGAGACGGCCCGCCUGGCGACGCACGCGAUGGCGGAAGAUCACUUGAUCGCUCAUCAUUGGAUCGGAGGUACGGUCCAACACCCCACACAAACAACAGACGACCAUCAGACCAACAACGAAGGCCACCCGCAGUGGAAUGUGUGGUCAUAGCACUCUACGAACCACAACGUGAAUACGCGGAAUUCGUGAUGGAUGCGGUCAAAAGGAGACACAUUGCCUGUGAACUGCGUGUCACAGUUGCUGACUCGCCUAUUAAGAAGUUCUUAGACCAACUGCGAACCGACGGUAUAGUGGCGGCCAUAGUACUCAACCAACGGGACGAGCGCUCUCGUCUGAUGUCCGUCAAUCUGUUACAGAAGAAUCCUCCCAGAGACAUGCGAGCUGUCCCCAUAGAAGACGGGCUACGUAUGGUAGAAGACGAGAUCCGCGGGCCGCCGAGAGAUCGGAGCGAUUCUUUGGUAGGUAGAAGAGAGUCUUCGGUAGGUCGACGUGACUCAUCGCGCCGGGCACGCACGCCCGAUACGGCCAGAGACCACAUAGAAGCAGAGGGAGACUCAGAUAUUCUGCAGAGGCAAAGGCAGCUACAAGAGAGUAUACUGGACAUACUCAAGGACGCUAGUGGCACGUCAUCACGGGAGGGCCAACCUCCGGACCCACGACGUAGCAUUGCUUCAAACAACAACGACAGUUCCGGAUACGACCGAAACGGUAACCAUAGCAACAGUAACAACCACGACCGAAACAAACAGAUGAACAACGUCAAUAACAACAACAACCAGUACUACCAGAGCAGUCACGAUCCAAGCGGGCCACCCCCACAGCACCUUCAGCAGCAACACUCGGGUGCAAUGGGACCCAAUACUCCGCAUGUUGCACCUACAAAUAACGAUUUCGGGCCGAAUAAUCCGAGUAUAGCCAAUCAAAAGCCGGGCCAGGGCCAGAUGUACCCUCGCACAGGUCCACAAAAUUCAGGACUAGGGCAGGCACCAGGUCCAAAUACCUUGAACCCCAAUAAUAUGGGGAAUAUGAAUAUGAGCAUGAAUAUGCCUCCCCUGGGCGGCCCACCCGGAGGACCUCCCAACAACCCGAACGUAUACUCACAGCCACCUCCGAGCCAGAACACACCCAUACAACAUCAGUACCCUCCCUCCAACCAACCACCACACCGGCGGUCGCCUAUCAUCAACAGUGCUAAUAAUAGCAACAUGGGCAAUAAUGGUAGUAUGGGUUCGUUCCCGCCGCCCAAUGGGGGUGCUCCGAAUCUUAACCAAGCACCAAUGGGAGGGCAGCAAAUGCCUCCCCCACACCACCAGCAACCACCUGGCGCUGUGCAGAAUCCAAAUCAGCCCCAAAAUCAAGGCAAUUUUGGCCCGAAUCCUGGGCCUAUGGCCGGGCCUAAUAGAGGUCCCCACCCCGCAGGACCAAACUUCCGUGCACCCCAUCCACCCCCACACACGCAGCAGACACGGGGACCCAAUCCCAAUCCGAACCCAAAUCCUAAUCAGCCCCCGAGUUCGAUUCCCAAUCCCAAUCCAAACAACAACCAACAAUUACCACCAAGGCCGUCGGGAUUUAGAUCGCCACAGCCCAGGCCUCCACACCAGCAGGGCGUGCCGGCUUUAAAUGGGCCUAAUUUCCGACCCCCGCAAGGGAUUACCAAUGCCCCACCACGAAUACCCGGUCCGAAUAUGAGGCCGCCGGGUGCGCCUUUCACACCACCCAACCUACUCGCGUUACCACCGUCACAUCCCAUGCACAGGCAACAACAACAACGACAACAACAUCAAGAACAGCAGCAGCAACAGCAGCCACAGGGGGCGGCGGGGCCUUACAACUCCAAUGGGGGUCCCAACAAUAGGUCUAAUUCUGGUCCAGGGGUGUUUAAUAGUACAGGCCAGAAUGGUGCGGUGCCGAAUGCGAAUGCGAAUGCGAAUGCGAAUGCGAAUGCGAGUGCGAAUGCGAAUGACGCGAUACGAAAACCGUCAUUAGAUAAGGCAUUUAGUGACCUGAUGAUGCUACAGAAGACAAAUCCAGCCCUUUUUGGCGGGGCAUCGGGUCAGGGCCAACCGCCUGCGGGCUCCAGGUAAACUUUAUAAUGAACGCGGGGCGACUACGCUGAUGUAUGCUACAUAUACAUUUAUAAAUGUACAUAAUAAAAGACUGCUACAAUCACUGGA